AUGUCGGCAGCCGGUCUGCGCCUGAGGGCCUUCGCUCCGACCGUGUUGGCAGCUCCUAACCCAUCCGCGCACACGGCAUCGCUCGUCUUCUGCCAUGGCUUUGGUGCCACUGCCUCCGAUUGGCAAGAUCUGCAUCAGUUACCGGGAAUGGAUCACCUCAAGGUCAUAUUGCCGCAAGCGUCAGUCAUCUGAGCUGCACCCCACAUGACUCCCUCUAGAGGGGAUUAGGGGUAGACGCCGAAGGGGUAGGCUGACUCCGAUGAAACCGCUUCUUGCGGAUGGUCGUGUUCGUUCCAAUCUACACCUGCUCAGUCCCUUGAGGGCCAUCUCGAUCAACUCGAUGCAGCCCAUGCCCGCCUGGUUCGACAUCCUGUCCAUGUCUCAUGCUGCACGGACCCAGGACGGCGACGAAGACGAAGAAGGGCUCGGAGAGUCGGUCGACGACCUCACCCAGAUCAUACAGACCGAAAUAGACGCUGGUAUCGCUCCCGGUAGGAUCGUAAUUGGUGGCUUCAGUCAAGGUGCGGCUUUGGCGAUGAUGCUCGGCCUGGCCGGCAAAUUGAGACUCGGGGGUGUCGUCGCGUUAUCGGGGUAUAUGCCGCUGCAGUGGAAGUUCAUAUCGGCAAGUUACGGUCACUGGAUGAGUUUUGUGAGCGACCAAUCGGAAACCCUGACAUUUUCUAGGCGGAUGUACACUCCCUGCAGAUGCUAAGUCCGUGGGCACGAGAAAUGCCCGUCUUUGUCGGCCACGGCACCGCCGACCCUGUCAUUUCGUAAGCACGAACUUGAAGACUGCGGUCACGAGCGCAUUGUGGUACCUGCGUCCACUCGUGCUCCUUCACUCAAGCCUUCCACAUGUUCUGUGCACAGCUUUAGCACCGGCGAGGCCGGAGUUGCGAGACUUCGAGACGCCGGUCUUCAACGUUUGGAGUUCCAAACCUACCCAGGUAAGUGACCUCUGGGCAAAGAACGAGGUGGGCCGAUAGUCGCAUUGGCUGAUCCGAGGAUUCCCAUAAUCAAUUCUUUGAUCCCAGGAAUGGCUCAUAGUGCUUGUCUGGAGGAGCUGCAGGACCUGACUCGAUGGCUGCAGAAGGUAGUACCCCCGAUAAAUCGGCCAGAAGCCACCGGAAAUCCAAAGCUAUGGCCCAAGCUAUGA